AAGAAUUAGGAGCUGCUGACAUUUCAAUCAAUAUGAAGGACAACUUCACCCUUGCCACCAUCAGCAAAAACAUUACCAGCAGUCUUCAUGUCGGACUUGUGAACAUUUCUGGCAAUGAGUCUACCUUUAACUGCUCACAUAAGCCAUCAGAUAAGCAUUUAGAUGCAAUUCCUAUUCUCUACUACAUUAUUUUUGUGGUUGGAUUUCUUGUCAAUACUAUCGUGGUUACACUGUUUUGUUGUCAAAAGGGUCCUAAAAAGGUUUCCAGCAUUUACAUCUUCAACCUGGCUGUGGCUGACUUACUGCUUUUGGCUACUCUUCCUCUCUGGGCAACCUAUUAUUCUUACAGAUAUGACUGGCUCUUUGGACCUGUAAUGUGCAAAGUUUUUGGUUCUUUCCUGACCCUGAACAUGUUUGCAAGCAUUUUUUUUAUCACCUGCAUGAGUGUUGAUAGGUACCAAUCUGUCAUCUACCCCUUUCUGUCUCAAAGAAGAAAUCCCUGGCAAGCAUCUUAUAUAGUUCCACUUGUUUGGUGUAUGGCCUGUCUGUCCUCAUUGCCAACAUUUUACUUCCGAGAUGUCAGAACAAUUGAAUAUUUAGGAGUGAAUGCUUGCAUUAUGGCUUUCCCACCUGAGAAAUAUGCCCAAUGGUCAGCUGGGAUUGCCUUAAUGAAAAAUAUCCUUGGUUUUAUUAUCCCUUUAAUAUUCAUAGCAACAUGCUAUUUUGGAAUCAGAAAACACCUACUGAAGACCAAUAGCUAUGGGAAGAACAGAAUAACUCGUGACCAAGUCCUGAAGAUGGCAGCUGCUGUUGUUCUGGCGUUCAUCAUCUGUUGGCUUCCCUUCCAUGUUCUGACCUUCCUGGAUGCUCUGGCCUGGAUGGGUGUCAUUAAUAGCUGUGAAGUUAUAGCAGUCAUUGACCUGGCACUUCCUUUUGCCAUCCUCCUGGGAUUCACCAACAGCUGCAUUAAUCCCUUUUUGUAUUGUUUUGUUGGAAACCGGUUCCAACAGAAGCUCCGCCGUGUGUUUAGGGUUCCAAUUACUUGGCUCCAAGGCAAGAGAGAGAGUGUGUCAUGCCGAAAAAGCAGUUCCCUUAGAGAAAUGGAGACCUUUGUGUCUUAA